AUGACUGCCUACAAAUUUUAUCAAGAGGAUGGCAUUAAUCCUCCUGUAGACGAAUAUGAAAAUGAGCCUGUCAACAUGGAGCCUGCUGAAAAAGAAAAGGUUACUCGCGACGUUGAGAUGAAGAAUGCCAAAUACAAGGACACGUCUACUCGAGCCCAUAAUGUUUAUACCGAUCAAUAUAAGGCCAGGUUCUUCAACUUCAUAUACAAUGACGAUAUGACCGCCGGCAAAGCUACUAAAGCUGCCAACAUAUCUCGGUCUACUGCGUACCGAUGGUAUAAAGAUGACCAAGACAAAAUCAAUAGGAGAAGCGAUAAUGGCGAAGACACUCCUGGCUCAACUGAGACGAAGAAAGUUGGCCGAUCAAAGCUUCUCAACGAUGACCACAACGCGCACUUAAAGAAAGAGUUUGUGGACAGCCCUUCUGCCACUAUAGAUCAGGCCAUGGAAAAUUUAAUUGGAGCUUUUCCUGGCUUAAAGAUCAGUAAGUCGUUGGUCCAUCAAUAUAUGGUCAAUGACUGUGCCUUGUCAUUCAAGAAGGCCCAUCUCCACUCAAAGCAAAGAAACUCCCCUGAAAGUAUCCAAAAUCGCUACGAAUGGGUUAAGAAAUGGGAGCAAACAGAUAUGGACUACAUGUCGAACUACGUCUUCCUUGAUGCAUCUGCUUUCCUUAUCAACCUGAAGCGAACAAUGGCUUGGUCUGAGAGGGGAACUCGUGCUGAGGUGGCUGUUCCUGUACUGAGGGCCAAAACCACAACUAUUCUCGGUGCAGUAAGUGUUUGGGGCAUUACCAAUGUUCAAGUAAGAAUACCAGGUGCCUCUGUUAAGAAAAGAAAGAUAGGCGGAGGCUCUGGCAAAACACUGGAUGCUUUGGAUAAGGAUGAUAGAUUCAAAGGCUUCUAUAUCAUAAUGGAUAAUGCGCCUAUUCAUACGGCCAAUGACAUUGAAAGAUAUAUCAUUCAGCAAGGCUACAGAUGUGUAUAUCUUCCUCCAUACUCUCCUGAGCUAAACCCUAUUGAACAAUUUUGGCAUGUCGUAAAAAGCAAGCUGAAAAGAGAAAGGUUAUUGUCAGACGAGAACCUCACUAGUAGAAUAGCCGAUGUAUGUAGCAGCGUUUUGUAUAGCGAUCUUGAGGGAUUUGCUCGUUAUUUUGUCAACAAAUUUGAGGCAUGCUUGAAUAAACAGCCUUUGUAG